AUAAUGCUUUGUAAUAAAGAAAGAAUCUGGUAGAAAGAAUGAAACGCAAGCUAAGUUUUGGGAAUUACUAUAUACAAAAACAAAACAGUUAUCACCCAUAAUCUGGUAGAGCGGUUCUUACCGUAAUCAUAAUCAUUCACUUUUUCAUCUCUAUCUCUCUAUAUAUAAUCAUUAUCAUAAUCUUAAUUACAAUCAUAUUAUUCGUAUCAAGUUCUCCCUCUCUCUAACUUUGUUUCCUCUCCAUUCAAUUACAUUCACAUAUUUCUCUUUCUCUCUCUAUCGUCUAUGGCAACCUCAUCAUCUUCUAUAACACACAAUAAAGAAGAGAAACAAAUUGAACAUGAUCAAAAUGUUCUGCAAAAACAUGUUGCAUUCUUCGAUAGGAACCAUGAUGGCAUCGUUUAUCCAUGGGAAACAUUCCAAGGGUUUCGGGCAAUAGGUUGUGGAAUCGUGUUAUCGAGUGUUGCUGCUAUUUUCAUAAAUCUCGGUCUUAGCCAGAAAACUCGUCCGGGAAAAUUUCCUUCUAUAAAACUACCAAUAGAAAUUAAAAACAUCAACAAAGCAAAACAUGGAAGUGACUCUGGUGUCUAUGAUAGCGAAGGAAGGUUUGUUCCUUCAAAAUUUGAAGAAAUUUUCAACAAGCAUGCAAAAAAAAACUCAAAUGCUUUAACAUCUGAUGAAUUGAUCGGGCUGCUAAAGGCAAAUAGAGAGCCUAAGGAUUACAAAGGAUGGCUUGCUAGCUACACAGAAUGGAAGAUCUUAUAUGUUCUUUGCAAAGAUAAGAAAGGUUUACUUCACAAAGAAACCAUUCGUGCUGUCUAUGAUGGGAGCCUAUUUGAACGUAUGGAAAAGGAACACUCAGAAAAGAAAAAUAAAUAAAUAAAUAAAUAAAAUAUUGAUUAUUCAUAUUGAGAAAUUAGGGGUCAUAUGAAUUUCUAUUAAUUGUGUCUUUUCAAGUAAUUCUAUUCAUAGAUUGUGAUAUUCCUAUGGGUGUAUUGUGUGAGUGUGUGACUUAAUUAAGGAAUGAAGUUUUAUCAUCUUUGUUUCAUUUUA